AUGUCUACUUUGAAAACAUUUUUAUUACAGAGUUUGAACUAUAGAUAUACAACAUUCGCUGAGAAUCCGCCACACACAUGUGUAUUCUCUGAAAAUCGCUGGAUAAAAUCCUCUGUUGCGUUAGCCGCCUUUUUCGCAUCUGCUGACAUUAAAAAAAUGACCGGGAAUCCGCAACUGAACGGGGUUAACGGAAAGAGUUGCGGAGAGGACCAGUUCGCGUGUCGAACCGGGGAUUGCAUCGCGAGCGAAUCGCUGUGCGACGGAAGAGCCGACUGUUCGGAUCAGAGCGACGAGACCCAGGCGGAAUGCUCAAAGCCGGGGCUGAUCUGUCCAGAUUUCGCGUUCCGGUGCGAUUACGGGGCCUGCGUCGACGGAGACGCGGUCUGCAACGGCGUCAAGGACUGCAUCGACAACAGCGACGAGGCACUGACGAAGUGUCUGGGUAUUUCGGUGGCUGACCCUCAGGCGAGCUGCGGUCUUGAGGACUUCCGGUGCAAGAAUGGACAGUGCGUUAACGCGACGUCUCUUUGCGACGGCACCGUCGACUGCGCCGAUCUGAGCGACGAAACUGCACUCGUCUGCGGAUCCUUGCCGUAAGCGGUUCAGAUUUGUUGUUAUUAGUGCUCUUGUAACUUGAGACGAAGUCAUUACCAAAACCAACAUCGUUCAGGGAUUCACAUGACUACAAUCAAAUCGGCAGUCCGUUUGAGACGAAGGGCGCAAACAUCGCAAUCGCUGAGGCUUUCGCCUUGCGUGGUGCCUCCACACCCAAGUAACGGCCGCUGGAAGCUCCAUCAGUCACUUUGCAACAGUGAUAUCGACUGCGACGUUCCUCAGGGUACUCAGCUCGAGCCUGGUAGCCAGCUGGUAUACACUUGCAAUCCCAACUACAAGACGAAAGGAAGUACCGAAGUCUUCUGCCGAGGCGUUGGAACAUGGACAACAAUUCCUAUGUGCGUUCAAACAAAAUGCAGCACUCUGCAUUCCUUUUCGACGGAGGCAUCUUGCACUCUUUCAGGUCGAUCGGUGAACUGCGAUCUUGCGGUGUUUUCCGGUACCCAAGCUGAUGUAUCUUGUAGAAACGGAUACAAGAAGGAGACAUAUCCCUUAACAGCUAGAAGCGAGCGCGUCGUCUGCAACGCAGAUGGAAAGUGGGAACCGAAACUCACCAAAUGCAUACCAGUUUGCGGUAUCGGAGUAACCCAGCCAACCUCGUUAGUGGCCAAUGGAGUUACAGCAACAGUCGGUGACUUCCCGUGGCAUGCGAGCCUCUACAAGGAGAGUAAAACCAAACAGGAAUCCAAGAAGAAAUUUCAGUGUGGCGCUACAAUUGUUAGGGACUACCUGGUCAUGACGGCUGCUCGUUGCAUCUACGAUGAAGGUACCAAGGAAACGUUGAAUCCCGAUACACUCUUCGUCCUUAUAGGAAACACGUUCCGCGAUUACGAUUCUCCGCUGCACAAUCCCCGCAUUAUUCAGAAGGCUGAGGUGAAAAAUAUUCACAUGAAUUGUCAGUUCAACGGACUAGACGGCUACUACGCAUCUGAUAUCGCACUGCUGGAACUCAAGCAGCCUUUCCAAUUAUCCAGCAUUGUUCAGCCUGUUUGCUUGGACUUUUCUGGGUACGAUGAACAGUUUCUCGAGGUCGGUGUUUCCGGUAAAACCACCGGUUACGGUAAAAAAGAAUUAGGCGACGCUGGCGCUUUUCUGCAGACCUUCACACUCCCCUACAUAUCGUACUUAGACUGCAACGUACACAGCGCCGAUGACUUCACUGAGACGUUCAUAGGCAGAGAUAAGUUCUGCGCUGGUUACACGAAUGCAUCGAUUCUGCAAUGUGCUGGUGACAGGGGUGAUGGAUUUUUCCUUCAGAAAGAUGGUUCGUGGUACAUUUUGGGUGUCAGCAGCAUUUUUGUCGGCAUGGACAUCGGAAACGAGGAAUGGCCAUGCGGUGAACCCGGCUAUAGCCUUUACACUAAAGUCCCUACUCACAUGGCUUGGAUUCAGGGCGUUAUCUCCCAGUUGGAAAGAUUCCAUUAUUAUCCUCCGUGCAGAUCAGACAGGUACAUACAUACAAACACUAUAGUAAUAUACUUGAAAAGGUGCGCAACAAGCGUAUGA